AGUUUUUCUUUGCAUCAAUCAAUCAAUUCUAUUAUGACAUACCAAAAUUGAAUUAGUUAUUGUUUUUCUCAGCUUAUCUUUUUUGAUAUUUAAAGAUUGUUUUAAAGUUUCAAAGUAAUUUGUAAAUUAUCCAAGGUAUUUCAUCUUUAUUAGUUAACACACUUUGGAAUAUUUGCUAUAAAUUAAUGACCAGGAGUUCCAGCAGGUUGAACCCAGUUUGAUUUUUCAAAAUCAUAAAGUAAUAAGAAAUAUUUUUAGGAAUCUUUGAUUUCAAGAUAUUUUGCGAAGAUGACAUCUGCUAUGGAAAAACACUUAUUUAAUCUGAAGUUUGCCGCUAAAGAAAUGGAAAGAAAUUCUAAGCGAUGUGAAAAAGAAGAAAAAGCUGAGAAAUUGAAAUUAAAGAGGGCAAUUCAAAAAAAUAAUAUGGAAGGAGCUCGUAUUCAUGCUGAAAAUUCUAUCCGUCAACAUAACCAAGCCCUUAAUUAUUUGAGGAUGGCGUCAAGAGUUGAUGGCGUUGCCAGCAGAGUUCAGACUGCAGUUACAACCAAAAAAGUAACCACAUCCAUGGCUGGAGUUGUGAAAUCUAUGGAUGCAGCUAUGAAAAGCAUGAAUCUUGAGAAAAUCUCUAAUCUGAUGGAUAGAUUUGAAAAACAAUUUGAAGACUUGGAUGUUCAAUCAUCUUAUAUGGAGAACACAAUGAGUUCAACCACAACUGUGUCUGUUCCACAAAAUGAUGUUGAACAUCUCAUGAAACAAGUUGCUGAUGAAGCUGGCAUUGAAUUGGAUAUGCAGCUUCCAGAAGGAGGAACAGGAACACUUUCCACUGCCUCAGCUACUGCAGCUUCUCAUGAACAAGAUGAAUUAACUCAAAGAUUGGCAAAGUUGAGGCAGUCUUAAUUUACAGGAGAGAUGAAAUGUUGAUGAAAUUUUUGUGUUUCCAUUUAUUGUUUCUUAUUUUUAUUUAUAUGCAAAAUUUUUAUUCAUAUAAAGUCUAUAUGAUAUUUGAUUGCAGCAAUAUAGCUUUGUAUGUACAUUUGUAAAAUAAGCAAAUAUAUUUUUUUGAUUUUAGCUACAGUGGUAGUAGUCAUAUAUUGUAUUUAAAAAUACAAAAUUGUAUCAAAAUAAAAGCCGCCAACUAUAAAGUUA